AUGAUCAAGAAGGGGCUGGCCCUUCUUGUUGUCCACACGCCCUCAAUUGGGGCUGUUGAACGAGGAAGAGAGGAGAGGGAGGAGAAUAGGAGGGGUAGUCAAGAGCAAAACGAAGCCUCACUUCGUGUUGGUUCCCUUCCUGGUGCUGGGCCAUGGCCCCAUGCCAACACGACCAUCCUCCUCGCCAAGCAUGGCGCCAUCGUUAGCUUCAUCACCGCCCCUAUCAAUGCUGCCAGGACCGAUGCCGUCAUCAGCCAUGCUAGACGAGUCGGCCUACCGACCGACUUCGUUGAACCUCCUUUCCCUUGCACCAAAGUGGGGGUCCCCGAGGGGUGCGAGAACGUCGACCUGCUGCCUUCUAUGUCAUUGCUUCAACCAUUCUUCACGGCCACCAGCGUUCUCCAUCAACCCCUUAAGCAACACCUUCAAGCCCAGCGGCAAGCCCCGGGGUGCAUGGUCGCCGAUUGUUGCAACCCUUGGAUGAGGGAGUUCGCGAAGGAGCUCCGGAUUGCCAUAUCUCCUCUUCCACGGCCCCUCCUGCUUGAAAAGUUCCGCGAGGAGGUUCGGGAGGCGAAGAUGGUUGCUGACGGGUUCGUGAUCAAUACAUUUGAGACCUUAGAUGCAACAUACAUCGAGUGCUACACUAGAGAGGUGAAGGGGAAGAAGGUUUGGAUCUAG